AUGGCAGACACGACAAAAAAUUGUCCCCCAGUCCCCGGCGGCCCCGAUAACGGCGGGGCAAGAGGCUAUAAUCUCCGGCAGAAGCCAGGCCACCACACCCAACGACAACACUUGGCCCUGGCAACAUAUAACGCUAGGACGCUGCGGACCGACGCGAAGCUCAUUGAGUUGAAAGAAGCUCUCAGCAGGUUCCUCGUCCGCAAGGCUCUCGUCAACAACAUCGACGUCGUCAGGAGAGUGUCGAGCAGGGUGGCGUACCUUAUACUCAGAAUAUCCAAGCGGUAUUCGCUAAAGGUCAUACAGGUUUACGCACCGACCUGGACACAUCCAUAUGACGAAGUGGAAGCUAUGUAUGAGGAAAUCUCUACAGCCAUACAUAGCUCUACAUGCCACUACACUGCUAUGAUGGGGGACUUCAAUGCGAAGCUAAGCAGACGAUGCGGUGAUGAGUUGAAUAUCAAAUAUCAAAAGGCAUAUUUACCUUCGCGGCUUUGGCGCUCCAAGAUAAAAACAUUGCGCGCGGGGGAAACGGCGCAACUGACCAAUGAGACGAUGUCACGCCAAAACGCCCACCAAUUCGAUCCAAAAUGA